UCUGUAAAAAAUACCGUUAUUUGUUGUCUGUGAUUGGUGGAAUUCCACUAGUGUACUAAUGAAAAUAAGGGUUGUCACACGUCAGAUAAAAGUCAGGGAAUUUUAUUUUGAGUCAGGAAAAAUUGACAUUUUGAGGAAAAGUCUGGGAAAAUUGAAAUAAUCUAACACGGCUGAUUUAAUACCAUUUAAGGUGGAAGAAACAUUUGGGAUCACGGUGAUCUCAACGAUAGUUUUUCCUUAAUCGAUAGUGGAGAAGCAAACUUUGUUGAAAACUUAUCCGUGUCAAUGAACGGGUAGAAAGGACGGCUGUAUGUUCACGCGAGAAGCCGCUACUAGAUCUGAUAUCUUGUAUUUUCUGGUAUUUUUUGCUAUUUUUAUCAGGGAAAAGUCAGUGAAUUUUGAAAAGUGAUUUCUGUGGCAACCAUGGAAAAUGCUGCACUCUGACUGGCUGAGUUAUCACACACUAUCAAGCCGUUAAGUUUGCGGUGACUUGAUGCGGUCAGCAAAAUGGCAACGUUUUUUCGUUUUUCCGAAGUUUUGAAGAGAUAUUUAGAAACAUGGAUAAAUGUUUUUCUGAGAAGACUAAAAGAAGGACGGUUACGGUUUUUUGAAUUUAAAAAACUCGAAAUUGAAAAAAAAAAACAAAAAAAAAACUGAUAAGCGUGUGCACACAACUGCAAAUUUCAAAUGAAAACUCAGUCUGCGCGGUUUUUCUGAAGCGCGAUGUUUAUUACUAAUACGAUAAAUUAUUGGAAACCGCGAUUUGAAAAAAUUGUUAGUCAGAAUUCUAUUAAAACAAUUGAUUAUUAGUUCUCGAUUUCUAUGCGGUGAUAGGUAAUUCGGCCUUCGGCCUCAUCUGCUAUCACCUCAUAGAAAUCUCGAGCUCAUAAUCUAAUUGUGAAUUUAAAAAAACCGCAGAUACUACGCGCGCUCUGGUUGGUCAAUAGAGGUGCCAAACCUAUGUUCUAUCGUACCGGCAAACAUGGCGGCUCUGCGCGGGCUGGGGAAAAAUUGCUCAACUGUAUUCUCUUGUCGUUUGGUCCAACUGAUGCUUAAAACAGAACCUCAAAAAGAAAAAACAAAAGCAAUCGAAAACGUAAGAAAUUUCUGCCGUCACUGGCCGGCAUAACAUCAGUAACACGGACAUCUUUUCAUUCAACAUUUACAUAGAAACCCCGUCCGCCUUGCGAGUUUUGUUAUUGGUCUCCUCAGCUGCACGCACACACUGAAUUGUGGGCUUGGUCGUGUUGAGAGCCAAUCAGAUUCGAGUGUUUUGUUGUAGUGUUUGCCCACUCGGUUUUCGUGUAAGCGAUAGAAAUCGUUCUCUUUUCUAAAUGGAAUCUAAGCGGAAAGAUUCAACAAUGUGCAGUAAUCCUUUGUUUUGUCUUCAAUAUUUUGUUGAUCACCCACGUGUUAUUGUGUCGACACGAGUAGAGACUGCGAAACACAUAUCAAAAUACGUCAUUUCGCUUCAGCUUUCCAGUACCAAAAUUCCCAGUGUAAAAACGUUCUUAAAAAGAAAUGCGAAUACCGGUAUUCUUCAUUGGUUGACUUAAAACCCGCCCGUUUGCCAAGAAAUUUUUGCUGCUUUGUUGUGGUAAUUGAUGGUCCAAAUUGUGAGCACAGCAAAAAGCGCCGCUGGAAAAUUGUCACGAUUUGCACAACGGUGGUUUCUUGCUUUGUAAAUUAACAAAAUGAACUUCAAAGAUAUCUAUAUUUUAUUUGCCAAUGUUUUCGCAACGUUUAUUUGAACUCACUCUGUUACCCUUUUUCCAAUACUGCAUACUGUAUACGCUAAAUUUUCCGGAACAUCUAAUAAAUUGUCUUUAAUUGCUCAUUUACACCCAGUUGAAACUUCACUUGUUGUUCGUCAUUCUUGAAAGCGAAAAUAACGCAAUACAAUCGUGUUUGCUUCUUCUAAUGUAUUAAGAUUGCCCAAACUGUCCCAAGUGUAAAUUCGCUGGUGAAAUGUUUCUGUUUUCGUGGUGGCAGUUGAUGUUUUUGCUUUUAAGCGAAACAAUACCACGAAGCAAAUUCUCAGUACUUAUCUUUCUUUUUGGUGAUCUUAAAAACGGAAAGACGUCAACAAAAGAGAACUGCUUUCCUGACAGCUGAAAAAGCUGUUUGUUCUACAAAAUAUAAAAAUACAAAAUGGUUAUAAUUUUAUUUCUUAAGCAAAAGAACUUUCGAAAACGAAACAUCAGAGAGAACUUGAAUUCGUCGCUGGAGCUUUCUUGUUUUGUACACUUGGACACAUUGACGGAGUUUUUCCUGUCCCAACUUUUAGGAAGGACUUUUUCGUAGAGUUAAAUCGGCUUAAUCGUCUCAGAAUUCAAGGAGUGUAACUCUUCUCUCCUGUUCGCUCUCGAAUCAAACUCGUCAACAACAUCGUUUUUGCAGGUGAACGAUGACAAACCACAGCGUUUUUAUUUCGCAAGACGGCGAGGAGAAAUUCACCCCUGCGGCCAUCGUUCAGUUUGUAUUGCUGGCGAUAAUUUUUGUUAUUGCGGUCACUGGAAAUGGUUUAGUUUGCUUCGUGGUGUACCAUUUUAAACAGCUGCGCACUAUACCAAACAUUCUCAUCGUCAACCUCUCGCUGAUCGACUUGAUCAAUUCUCUUGUUAACAUGCCUCUUUUCGCCGGUUUUUACGUUUUUAAGUGGGACGUUUUUAAGGGCAAGUGGAUCAGCUAUUUGUUGACUUCGCUGCAUAACUACAUUCUGUAUUUAAACGUUUUAACCCUGAUCGUACUUAUGGCGGAUCGAUAUGGUGCUAUUAAGUUCAAGCAGCGUUACCACGCAUGGAAAACCACGAGUAAAGUUCGUCGUGCGAUUGCCGCCAUCUGGAUCACAAGCACCGCGCUGAUGGCUUACUUAGGUUUUCGCCGCCAUCGAAUUCUGUCUCAGUACGAGGGCCUGUCGAUCUUAGAAUACCGUCAGAUUCUAUACAAAGCCGAGGGCUGGAAGGUUGCGAUAUGCGUUUUCGGCACCCCCCUGAUUAUCUUCGUUGUCUUAGGAACGCUUAUCUGGCGCUCUGUUCGAGCAAGUAGGCGGAGAAUCAAAGCGAUUAGCGGAGGGGACAAUUGCUCCCCGCAGGGAAGAAAAAUGCUUCAACUCCUCCGCGAAAAAGAGCUUCAAACCACACGCAACAUUACCAUCAUUGUGGUGGCGUAUUUCGUUUGUUUUGCCCCUGCCAUAGCUCACGGUGUGUGUGUGCGAAGGGACAUUGACGUGCCGUGGUUGGAAUAUUUCGCCUUCUUCUUCACCUAUUUCACAAGCGCCUGUAACCCGAUUGUGUAUUCGCUGCGAACGUGCCGGUUCCGGCAAGUCAUUAGGGAUCUUUUGAAACCGAAGCGGAAAAGGGAUCCGGUUUUGCCAGUUGUGCGUACAACAGCAAAAACGUUUGACACGCCUCUCAAAGGACCUUAGUCAGCCUCCGCCAUUUUCGUUGCCAUCUAGAUUAUUGAUAUUGCAUGGUGAAAGGAAAUCUUAUUGCUUUACUGUAAAUUGUGUUCCUGAUAGCUUAGUGGUUUCACAGUCUGAUUUCCUUCGUUUGGACAUGCUCCGAAUAAAAUAUAAUAGCCAAACUCUCGCAUUUAAACAAAAACAAAGAUGUGGCUGACUAGGGCCGUUUAAGUAACUGGAGCGAAUUGCAGCCGGAUUAGAUGAAGUAAUGAGUGUUCAGGCCUCGAUGAGAACUUGCCUCUCUGUAUGUUUAAGUUGCUUGUUCGAAAGUCGUUAGUGACAAACGCUUAGAGGUAAUUUCCUUACACUUAUCAGAACAUAGCAAGAUUCUCUUAACACCGAGAUAAUAUGUAUUUGAAUGAAAUAUCAUUAAAGAGAUUAUUCUCAUGUAAAGAUCAUUCUUUUGAACUUUGUCUUUUUCGCGCGAUAUAAAUACUAAUGGUUGUUAUAAAACAAACUUUUAUAAAACCAAUUAGAAAUAGGGACUUUGGUAACUAACCAAUUUUAGCUAGUGAAUUAUAGGUGAAUAGUUGUAGCCAUAUUUUUGUUUUCUAUUUCAAAUGAAUUCCAUCCACCGUGGUAGAAGUAUCACUGGAAACCAAACAUGUGACAACUGUCAACUAACAACUAUCUUACCCACAUAUAUAUUUUUUAUCCUAACCAUUUUAUUACGUGCAAUGGUCACCAGUCAAACAGAGACCGAGAAACAAGUGCAAAGGAUGCUGACCAGCGAGGUCUAGUUAUUCUGCCUUAUGCCGAAGGGUUUUCGGAAACAGUCGCAAAAGUUCUUUAAGGCUUUAACAUCAGUCUCGCACAAACCCAUUCGCACCAUCUCUAACAUUUUUAAGAAACCAAUAGACCAAAUCAGCGAAGAGUCUUCCAAAGGAAUUGCGUAUAAGAUCAAAUGUAAAGAUUGCCCAAGUGUUUACAUUGGCCAGAUCUCACGUGCACUAUUGAAAAAAAGCACAAGCGAUCGUAACAAUGGAUAAAAAUUCCUUAUUGGCUAAGUACCGCCUGCUUUACCAACAGGAAAUCUCUCAUGAGAUCUCGAAUGUGUUGAAGUAAUCGACCGAUCGUCAAAUUGGAAACAAAGACUCUUCCUCUAAGCGUGGCUUUCUAUCCAAGAUAAAAACUCAAUUAAUGAACACAUUUCAUUCCCAAAACUUUUUUACCAGAGGAAAAAUUCCAAAGUAUUACGCAAUUAUUACGCUAUUGGUUUACUCUAGUUUUGAAUUACAGCCCCCUUUUCUAUAGAACCUUCAUUAACACGUUAUUUGGAUAUUUUUUUCUUUUUUUAUUGAUAUAACAUCAGGGACGCCGUAACUUACUUAACUUUCUUAGCUGAUGAAGGUUGCAGCAGCAACCGCAACGUCCUUUUAUAUUUUUUUUAAGCCAGUAACAACAUAUUUUUA